CUUCUUCAACCAUUUGCUAUUUGCAUUUUCCGUUGUCGUUGAAGAUGCACGUACCAGACAGAAGUAGGUAGAAGGGGUUGCGUUUUGGUUUUGAUCGGAGAAAGGAUAUAUAAGAAGGCUCCAGUUCAUUGAUCGAUCCAAACAGCCAUUUUUAUCGUUACCAUAUAUAUAUUCUCUCGUACACGUUCGCUCACUCCAUUGCUGAGGCCAAGUUUGUGUCUAUGGCUUCACCCACUCAAACCAAGAGUAACAGUAAUUAUGGUGAAAAGUACGCUGAUGUCAACUGGGAUGAACUUGGAUUUAGCUUAACUCCAACGGAUUACAUGUUUGAGAUGAAAUGCUCUCAAGGAGAAGAAUUUUCACAAGGAAAUCUCAUUCCUUAUGGGAAAAUUGAGCUUAGCCCAGCUGCCACAAUCUUAAAUAUUGGACAGGGAUUGUUUGAAGGCCUUAAGGCAUACAGGAGAGAAGAUGGUCAUAUCGUGCUCUUCAGGCCAGAGCAGAAUGCUAUGCGCAUGAAGAUGGGUGCAGAAAGAAUGUGCAUGAUAUCACCUUCUGUCGAGCAAUUUAUUGAUGCUGUAAAGCAAACAGUGCUUGCCAACAAGCGUUGGGUGCCACCUCCAGGAAAAGGGUCACUAUAUAUUAGGCCUUUGCUCAUGGGAAGUGGAUCGUUUCUGGCAGUGGCGCCGUCACCAGAAUAUACAUUCCUAGUGUACACUUCUCCGGUUGGCAAUUAUUAUAAGGGCACCGGCACGCCUAUAAACUUGAUUGUUGAGGAUAAGCUCCAUCGAGCGACCCCUGGUGGAGCUGGAGGUGUCAAGACUAUCGCCAACUAUUCACCGGUUCUCCAAGCACUCACUCAAGCAAAGAGCAAAGGAUUCUCCGAUGUCUUAUUCCUGGAUGCAAAGACUGGGCAAAAUAUUGAGGAGGUUACACUUUGUAACAUUUUCAUUGUGAAGGAUAAAAUUAUUUCAACUCCAGCUACACUUGGAACUAUUUUGCCCGGAGUUACGAGAAAAAGUAUCAUUGACAUUGCCCUUGAUUUUGGCUUCCAGGUGGAGGAACGUGUUAUUCCAGUAGAGGAGUUGAUGGAUGCCGAUGAAGUUUUCUGCACAGGAACUGCAGUGGUUGUUAACCCUGUUGGUAGUGUAACUUACCAGGGUAUAAGGGUUGAAUAUAAAACAGGAGUGGAAGCAGUAUCCCAGAAAUUGUGUGCAAUGCUAACAGGAAUUCAAACUGGUCGUAUUGAGGAUAAGAUGGGAUGGAGGGUCAAGAUCGAUUGAGCAUGUAAUCCUUAUAUAAAAUUUAAUAAUGAUGGUGGAGACUUAGCUCUUUAUAAUAUUGAAUUUUUCGAUUCAAAAAAAUAUAUCAUUGAAUUUUAGGAGGUUA